AUGAGGAAGCUCACAACCGAACUCAUAUGGCUCAAAGCUCUCUUGAAGGAUCUAGGCAUCGAGACUCCAAAGCCGAUCACAAUGCAUUGUGACAAUGAAGCCGCUAUUCACAUUGCAUCAAACUCAGUAUUUCAUGAAAGGACGAAACACAUAGAAGUGGACUGCCACAAAGUCAGAGAACAAGUUCAGUUAGGAGUUAUCUUGCCAUGUCACACCAAGAGUUCUGAACAACUGGCAGACAUCUUCACCAAAGCAGCGAGUCCCAAGAAAUACAAGCGGGACGGGAAGCUGGAGUGUCUCCCUUGGAACAAAUACAAUCAUACUCUUGCUCUGUUUCCAACACAAACUCCAUUUACUUGCAGCGUCUGUGCAUUGAUACAUUUAAAAGGUCCCCUCUACAUAUAUCCCCCUUGUGACUUUGCGGUCCAUCAAAAGUGUUUCAACUUACCACAGGUGAUAAGGAUAUCUCGUCAUCCCCAUCGUAUCUCUUUUACAACUUCUUUUGGACAGGGGGAUUGGUAUUGUGGUGUUUGUCGCCGAAGGAUCGACAAUGAUUAUGGGGGCUAUUCUUGCAUCAAGGAUGGUUGUUUGUAUGCGACACAUUCAAAAUGCGGUACACAAAGAAAUGUGUGGGAUGGUAAAGAACUUGAGGGAGAACCAGAAGAGGUUGAAGAAGAAGUUGAGCCGUUUGUGAGGAUAAGCGAUGGGGUCAUACAACAUUUCAGUCACGAACAUCAUCAUUUGAGGCUUGAUGAGAACACGGACAGAGACUACGACGAGAAUAAGUUGUGUCAAGCAUGCAUCACACCGAUCUAUUUUGGUAACUUCUACUCUUGUAUGCAGUGUGAUUAUAUUCUCCACCAAACGUGUGCGAAUUUUUCUUGCAAAAUGCAUCACCCAAUACAUCCACAUCUGCUUACUUUAGUGAACUAUGACGGUGUUGUGAAGGAUACCGAAAGAGCAUAUUCAGCUUGUCCUUGGUUUUGCACAGCUGGUUUUGUCUAUGAGUGCAGUGAAGAAGGAUGUUAUUUUCAACUACAUGUGCAGUGUACCGCAAUUACUGAGCCAUUAGUCCGUGAAAAUCAUAUGCAUCCUUUAUUCCUAACAUCUAAACCAGGAGAGGACCGAGGAUGUUACGUUUGCAGAGGUUCAAAAGAUUCGAUCACAAGAGAAACGUUCAAUUGUAUUGAGGAGUGCCACUUUUCUUUGUGCUUUGGAUCUGCUACGUUACCUCAAACCGUGAGGUAUAAGCAUGAUAAGCAUAUGCUCACUCUAUCUUAUGGAAAUGAAACAAGUAUCUUGGCGUAUUGGUGUGAAGCUUGCGAGGGAAAAAUAAAUCCGAAAGAAGGGUUUUAUAUGUGUUAUGAGAAUUGUUGUGUCACACUACACAUUACAUGUAUGCUUGGGAAGGACUUGUACCUUAAGCCUGGUUCAUCGAUGAUCUACGACUGUAAGGAGGUACACGUUUUGAGCAACAAUCAUCAUAUGUCUCGACCUAUUUGCUCUAGGUGUAGGAAGCGUUGUCCACAAAAAAUAGUUUUCAAGUACUCCGAUUUAAUAGCUUGUUCCAUAUCUUGUAUUCCUUGUAAGAUCAAGAACCCACAAGUCCCUAUGCCAUUCUAA